AUGCAGGGACUAUUGCGGGAAUUUGUGGACUACAUGGCAGAAAUGGAGCAGCACGGACUACUAGAGUCCCUGGGUGCAAACUGUGAAAAUCCAGGAUGGAAAUAUAAGCACGGAGACAAUACCUUAUUCACCAGUUAUAGCCAGAAAGCCAAAAUGACGUGCAAGAUCAUGUCCACUGCAUUAGCGUUCAUGGGUACAGUAAGACAAGGACGUGGUGUUGAAGUGACGAGGAAUGAAAAUGAAGGAGAUAUUAGACAGAUAUUAGGAUGCGUUGUGGUGCAUGUAUUUGAGAGUAUCUUAAGCAAUUCACAGUGUGGAGACACGUGGAAAGGCAUAAAUUAUGCGUGGGAGGCAAUGAAACAGGUAGAUGUAGGGUACGUGCUGGCACCAGGUGCGGGCGCACUUGCAACCGGAAGAUGCGAGCACAGCGGGUGGAAGGGGUCCACCAUAGGUAGCGGAAAUAUUAGAACAGCAGUUCAUGAGUGGUUAUCGAAGCAUACCGACUUAAGGACAAAAUUGAGGGAAAUGCAUGGAAAUGAGAACUGUACGGCACAGAAGGGUACAGGCAAUGCAUUAGCAAAAACAACAGGGAACGUGGAUCCAGGCGCACGUGUCAUCGGCAGCGGUGGCAUUGGAAACGAAAUAGUGACAGUGGUGAAGGAAGUAUUCGAAGAGAUGAAGGACGAAGUAAUAGAAAAAUCCAAGUCAUCGCCAGCGAUACCAGGAGCAGAGAAGGCAACGAGCACGACGGCAGACGCGCCGACACCAGGAGCAAACGUAGCAAGGAAGGACUCGGAGGAUGACGAACCACCAGCCAGACCACCACCACCCCCUAAACCACAGAACGGAAAUGAUCAAGGAGCACCGGGACAGGGAGCAGCAGGAUCGGGGGGCCCAGGACCCGUACCGCAACCCCCACCGGUGGCACCACCACCAGCAGAAGGAUCUGAGAAAGCAGGUAAGGAUAAGUCCAAACCAACAUGCCCUGCAGCAGGCGGAUCCCACACGAGACAUGUAGGGGAAGGUAUCUUAAGCGUGUCUGUCUCGUUCGUCCCUUCUUCGGACCCCAAGGAUUGCUCAGGUAGUAAUAGUCCAGAGCCUCCGGCGUGUAGUACCCCACUCGACAGCAAAGUGCACCCAUGGGGUCCAUAUGCUAUUGUCGGUACCGGUACUGAGAAGGAUAGCUCGAGUAACGGCGGACCAGGCGCAACAUCAACGGAAGCACCGGCCCCACCAGCAACACCAACAACAGCUCCAUCCCCAACACCGGGGACCCAUGGAGCAGCAGCAGGAACAGCUGAUGGUACUAUCCAAAGCACUAUUGCAGACGUUACCCCUAAGAACAAAGGGCAUGAUCCUCCUAGUGCCCCGAGCCCCGCGGACAGCGUAGUAGAUGGCGGCAAGGAUGACCCCCCUCCUCUCAAUCCACCCAAACCGAAACCGAACCCGAACCCAGAUCAAUCGGGCAGUAGUGGCAGUUUCAGUGAUGCUGAUAUGGCGGAUGGAGUUUCUGGUGGGCAAGCACAGGGAAGUGGUGGUGAACCGGAUGAUCAAGUUACAAGCACUCCUGGCGGUGGUGGACUGGGUCAACCUGCCGCCGAGGCAGCAGGUCCAAGCCCAACAACUGUUAAUUCUGUUCCAGAUAGUUCACAGGCAGGUUCACAUCCUCCAUCAGGACCAGGGCAAAUUGUGGACUCAGGGACAGAAGUAACAUUAGUACCAUCUACUAAUCCAACAAGUAGUCCAACAGGACCAGGACUGACAGUUACCCAACCUGAUACAUCCAGUGGAAAAGCUAAUGAAGGAGGUAAAGCACCCACCUUAAGAGAUAGAGCAUCCAGUUCAGGAGGCAGUACCCUCAGUGAGCAACAACCUACCCCGUCUUCCCGUAAACCCUUCGACCCCAAGGAUCUUGUCCCCUAUACCCCCGUGAUCAUUCCGGCGGUGGUUGGUAUCGGGGUUAUUGCCUUUUUCCUAUGGAAGUAUUUUGCCUACCUCGCCAAACGACGACGAACGUAUCGAACUAUACGUGACGUGCCUUCCCCGCCACUCGACGAAGAAAUUCUAGACCAUCUACAACGCGGCGAACUACCGCCACCCGAUUACGGUUACACGAUGGUUAAGGAUAGGCAACCCGCGUCAACAUCCGGUAGAGCACGCCCGCCACGCGUGCAUAGGCGCACGAUUAUCGAGCUACAUCUAGAAGUGCUCAACGCAUGUGAAGCAACCGAAUGGGAAAACGUCAAAGACGACUAUUGGCAGAUACUCGUUGAACAGUUUAUGCGGCACGGAAACGGACAUAGUAGUUCCUUGGAUGCUCCUACCACAAACCAGGCUUUACCAGGAAACCAUGUUCCAUCCACUGAGUCCGACGGCAUAGAUCCAUGUCCACCACAUGACCCCGAUCCAUGGUGUUGUAUGGAAACCAUACAGUUAGCAACGGACACUUCUCCACCUAACGAAGAACACCCCGAUCCAUGGAGUUGUAUGGAAAACAUACAGUUAGAUGCAGAACAGCGUCGUACUCAUUGCGACCACGGUGACGCGACGUCCGACGGCACCCAAUGGAUCACUUGGAUUGACCGCAACAAACAUAUUGUGCGGGCGUGCACGACGCAGCCGUGGUUUAAUGCCCUCAAAUCGGAAUGGAAACAAUACCUACGUGAGCACAUGGUGGCAACCGACGACAACGUGCAUCGUGAACUACGUGAACAAGGAAGUAUUGGAUGUGUGGAAAUGAAGAAAGAUGCCUGGAAACAGUGGGUCGCGAAGCAACAUCACGACAUGGCAAAGUAUAUAGAAAAAGAGUGGUUCCAACAUUUGUUGAACAAUGUAGAGCAGGCGACAGUGCCGGCAACAGGCGAAGUACUUGGAGUCGAAAAAGACUUAGAAGUGGAAACAGUAACGGCAGCAGCACAUGUGCUACGAGUGAGAGAUUUACCGUGGUCGCAACCACUGCAUCCGCAACCUUACAUGAAAAAACCGUUAACCGCUAAAACAUGGAUACUGAUCCUGGCAUUAGUCAUAGAAGACUGCGAGCUUGAAAGCCGUUUGCAGGAGAACGAGUUAUAUGUGGAUGAUCUAUUGCACAAUAUGCGACAUUAG